AUGUUUAGAAGAUCGUUAUUAUCAACAUCAAGAUUUAUCAACAAGUCAUCAUCAUCAUUAUCACCUGGUUUAUUAUUGAAUAAUUUCCGUGGCAAUUUCCAACAAUCACGAUUUAUAUCCACUGAAUUAAAAGAUGCAUUAGAUAAAGCUGUUACUACAUCCCCCGUAGUUUUAUUUAUGAAAGGUACACCAGAAUUCCCACAAUGUGGAUUUUCUCGAGCCACUAUUCAAAUUUUAGGUCAACAAGGAGUUGAUCCGGAAAAAUUUGCUGCUUAUAAUGUAUUAGAAGAUUCUGAAUUACGUGAAGGAAUAAAAGAAUAUAGUUCAUGGCCAACAAUUCCUCAAUUAUAUGUUAAUGGAGAAUUUAUUGGUGGUUGUGAUAUUAUCACUAGUAUGGCCCAAAAUGGAGAAUUGGCAGAAUUAUUAGAAGAACUGAAUGCAUUAAUUCCUGAAGAAAAUGAACCAACAACAUCUGAAGAAAAUCAAGAGACGGUUCAAUCAGCCAAUAUUAAACCAAAUAGAAAUUAA